CGAGCCAGCUGGGUCUCUCCCCUCCUGGGGGCAGCGUCCUGGGCCAGCCUUUGGACAGAUGACCCUAAACAGCAGCGUCCCAGGAGCCUAGGGCUCGGCCGGGUGGAAGCAUGGUGGCCUCAGCCUCACCCUUUGGCUGUGCAGGUGCAGCGCCAUGGGUGAGCCCCAGGGGUCCAUGCGGAUCCUAGUGACAGGGGGCUCGGGGCUGGUGGGCAGAGCCAUCCAGAAGGUGGUAGCAGACGGGGCCAGGAUGCCAGGCGAGGACUGGGUGUUCGUCUCCUCCAAGGAUGCUGAUCUCACGGAUGCUGCACAGACCCGGGCCCUGUUCGAAAAGGUCCGGCCCACGCACGUCGUCCAUCUUGCUGCCAUGGUGGGGGGCCUAUUCCGGAACAUUAAAUACAACCUGGACUUCUGGAGGAAAAAUGUGCACAUCAACGACAACGUCCUGCACUCGGCCUUCGAGGUGGGAGCUCGCAAGGUGGUGUCUUGCCUGUCCACCUGCAUCUUCCCUGACAAGACCACCUACCCUAUCGACGAGACCAUGGUGAGACCGAGGCGGGGCGGGGCGGGGCACGGAGAGCAGGGCCGGAGGGACGCUGUGCUCUGCAGGGCCUACUUCCAGCAGCAUGGCUGCACCUUCACCGCUGUCAUCCCCACCAACGUCUUCGGGCCCCACGACAACUUCAACAUCGAGGACGGCCACGUGCUGCCCGGCCUGAUCCACAAGGCGCACCUGGCUAAGAGUGAGUGCCUGCUGCCCCAGGCCCCGCCCUCCGAUGGCCCCUGGGGCUCCGCUGGAGCAUGUGACCUGGCCCGGCUCUUCCUCUGGGUCCUGCGGGAGUACAACGAGGUGGAGCCCAUCAUCCUGGCNNNGGGCGAGGAGGAUGAAGUCUCCAUCCAGGAGGCUGCGGAGGCCGUGGUGGAGGCCAUGGACUUCCGCGGGGAGGUCACCUUUGAUACAACCAAGUCGGAUGGGCAGUUUAAGAAGACGGCCAGUAACGGCAAGCUGCGGGCCUACCUGCCCGACUUCCGGUUCACGCCCUUCCCUGCAGCUGUGAAGGAGACCUGUGCCUGGUUCAGUGACAACUACGAGCAGGCGCGGAAGUGAGCAGUGAGCGUGGUGGCCCGGCGCCCCUGCCCCCAGACCCCGCGGCUGCUCAGCGGGCAGAGCCCAGGGGCAGCACCCUCAGACCCUGCCAGGAGUCAAGGGCACUGCCCAGCAACUCGGCCCACAUGCCACCCUUCCCCCAGGGAGGCUCCAGGCAGCUGUCCAGUGGAGCCAGCAUUCACAUCGUUCCUCAGGGAAACCGAGGCUUGGCCAGGCCCCGCACCUUGCCCCUCAGGUCCAGUGCCCAGGUCCUGCGUGUGUCCACUUCUAAUCUUGUUUUCCUGGGAGCCAAUAAAGUGCAUUUCACAGGCC